ACUAGCCACUAGUGCAUCAGCUGAGGAGCGCAGAGGAACACGGCAAAGUCAAAACAAGAGGAAACAGCUGCGAGAGAGAGGAGGAAGACAAACCAAGAGGCUUAAUACUGAGAGGAACAGAGAGCAAGAAUAAUGAGAGGGCGAACCGGCGAGGACAGGUGAAUAAAUCAUUUGGAAUCACACAUUUGUGUGUAUGUGAUCUGUGAAGACUGACACUGCUGCUGCGCGUUUUGGACAUCCAAGAGGACCCAGACUGAGCUGACAGGCUUCUGGAGAGGAAGUCACUUCCUUCAUCAACGCACGUGCUGAUCUGCUGCUGCUGUUGCCUCAAGAUGGCAGGAGAUGAUCAUAGAUAACUUAGGGAAAAGUCUCACUUGAAGACGAAAAACUCUUCGUUUGUCACUGAAACCUUGUACAUAAGACAGUUCCACACUUCCCACUUGACAAAAUAAACUAUCAAAACUCGAACAAUGGCAUCCUACACCCCUGCCCCAACACAAGAGGCGACGAAUGGUGGCCCUCCAUCUGUGAAGGCUGAGGCCUCUCAAGAGUCUAUGAAACUGAAGAAGGAGAUCUCCCUCCUGAACGGGGUCUGCCUGAUCGUGGGCAACAUGAUCGGCUCAGGAAUCUUCGUCUCACCUAAGGGCGUCCUCAUCCACAGCGCCUCCUACGGUCUAUCACUGGUGGUAUGGACCGUUGGUGGGAUCUUCUCUGUGUUCGGGGCCCUGUGCUACGCUGAGCUAGGGACCACCAUCACCAAGUCAGGGGCCUCCUACGCUUACAUCCUGGAAGCUUUUGGGGGUUUCCUGGCCUUCAUCCGCCUGUGGACGUCGCUGCUGAUCAUCGAGCCAACCAGCCAGGCUGUCAUAGCCAUCACAUUCUCCAACUACAUGGUGCAGCCCAUUUUCCCCACCUGUAUAGCUCCAUACCUGGCCAACAGGCUGCUGGCUGCUGCUUGUAUAUGUUUGCUGACCUUUGUGAACUGUGCAUAUGUGAAGUGGGGCACCAGGGUCCAGGACUUCUUUACCUAUGCCAAAGUCAUCGCUCUCAUUGCUGUCAUCAUCACUGGCCUGGUGAAGAUCGGACAAGGUCACACUCAGAACUUCGAGGGCCUUUUCGAUGGCUCAUCUCAGGACCCAGGGGACAUUGCUCUGGCUCUGUACUCAGCUCUGUUCUCCUACUCUGGAUGGGACACCCUCAACUUUGUCACAGAGGAGAUAAAAAACCCAGAGAGGAACCUGCCACUGGCUAUUGCUAUUUCCAUGCCCAUAGUGACUGUGAUCUACAUUCUGACCAACGUGGCUUACUAUACAAUCCUCCCCAUCAACUCAAUCUUAGACAGUGAUGCUGUAGCUGUGACAUUUGCAGACCAGGUGUUUGGCGUGAUGAACUGGACUAUUCCCUUCGCCGUGGCUCUCUCCUGCUUUGGAGGACUCAACGCCUCCAUCCUGGCCUCCUCCAGGCUGUUCUUCGUGGGCUCCAGAGAGGGCCACUUGCCGGACUACCUGUGCAUGAUCCAUGUUCACCGCUACACUCCCAUCCCUGCCCUGCUCUUCAACGGCGUCAUGGCUCUGAUAUACCUGUGCGUAGAAGAUGUCUUCAGGUUGAUAAACUACUACAGUUUCAGCUACUGGUUCUUUGUGGGUCUGUCCAUUUUGGGGCAACUGUACCUGCGCUGGAAGCAGCCAGACAGGAAAAGACCCCUAAAGCUCAGUCUCUUCUACCCCAUCAUUUUCUGUCUCCUCACCGUCUUCCUGGUGGUUGUGCCGCUCUACAGUGACACCAUCAACUCCCUAAUCGGCAUCGCCAUCGCCCUGUCAGGAGUGCCCGUUUACUUCCUGUGCUGCUACACUCCGGCCAGUAAAAGGCCACUGUGGCUAAGGCGCUUCAUUGCUAAAUCUGGCCUGCUGAUUCAAAAGGUGUGCUACUCUGUUCUGACUGAAAUGGACGACGACAAGGCAGAGUAGAGAUGUUCGGUUUAUACACCCUGCCGUAUACGGACGACGCACAAACAUAGAGGCUCAGUCUGAACUUAUCGUGGCCAGUUGCUGCCGCCGCACGGCCUCGAUGGACGGACAUUCGGGCUGGAGCUUAUGAAGGUCCCCGGAUGUAUGGUGGCAAGAUUUCACUGUAGCUGACUGCGACUUCAGAGAGAACAUUUUAAUGCACUCCUGAAGAAAUCAACACCUGUCUCUAUUACUGAACAGUAGAGAAUUAUUUAAUUAAUAUGUCAAGAAAAGUAUUUUGUGUGAAAUUCAAUCUAUGUAAUACCUUUUUGAUCACACUGGAGGGUGGCAAAUUAAUAUGGUUAGAUAGUUUCUAAGUGGACAGAAGAACAUCCCUGACACUGAAAGCACUGCUGACCAUAGAAACAGCCUUGGAAUCAUUAUUAUUAUUGUUGUUAUUAUUAAUAAUAACAAUAACAAUAAUAUAAAUCAUUCGCAAAAAUAAAAAGCAGUAAGAGAUUAGAAUAUGUUAACUCCACAUUCGCUGUGGAGGACAAAGUUCAUAUAAAGUUUUAUACUGUCAUCUGUGAGGUCUAGUGAAGUAAAGGGCUAUUUUUACACAAAGUAAGUCAUUUUUUUCUGAAGUGUCUGAUUCAAAUAUGGGCUGUUAAAAGAAAGUUUGAGAUAGUUGAGCUGCAAACACGUAUUUAUAAUAAAAUUACUUGUGGACAACA